AUAAUAAGGUCUCUUGUGGGCGUGGCCUGUGGGCUUCUGCCGCCCGAAUGUAGGAGACGACAUCCAGGUGUACGAUCAUGACGUCACACCUCGCUCCGCCACGCCCCUCGCCACCUUCUACGGACUACCCAACAGGCAGAGAAGGACAGUGCCAGCUCAGACCCCUACUACUGCCUGUCUGACUUCGUGGCCCCGAGGGCCAGCGGUGUGUCCGACUACAUGGGGAUGUUUGCUGUAGCUGUGUUCGGAGCGGAGGAGCUGAGCAAACAGUUUGAGACCCAGGGAGACGACUACAACAGUAUCAUGGUCAAGGCUUUGGCUGACCGCCUGGCUGAGGCGUUUGCCGAGGAGCUCCACGCCAGGUGCGUCGGGAGCUAUGGGCCUAUAGCGGGAGGAAAACUCCCGACUGAGGACAUUGCACAGAUCCGUUACGAGGGCAUCCAGGCCGGCCGCAGGAUACCCCUCCCAGCCUGACCACACUGAGAAGACCGCCAGUGGACGUGGGCGGAGGUGGAGGACAAGACGGGUAAAGCUCUUUCUCUCAC